AUGAAGAGCAUUGUGAUGUUUGUGCUGGCAGUAGCCAUGGUAUACUUCAUGGUGAAGCCUGGAGAAGCCGUCCAAUGCGGCCAAGUCGCGGCGUCUUUAGCCUCUUGCAUGCCUUACUUGGAGGCUGCUGGGCAAAAUCCUUCAACUGCAUGCUGUGAUGGGGUAAGAAAUAUAAAGGCAAUCACUCCAACCACUGCAGAUAGACAAGCAGCUUGUGAGUGCGUGAAGUCAGCUGCUGCUAAACAUCCAAAUAUCAAUCAAGAUGCAGCCUCAUCUGUUCCUGGAAAGUGUGGGGUUCCAUUGAAUAUUCCCAUCUCUCCGUACACCAACUGCGCCAAUAUUAACUAA